AUGGCUCCGUUCUUGCCCGAGGAACACCACAAGAUCUCCACGGCGGAAGACAUUCCUGAGCUCCCAGAAGGAUUUACUUGGAGGAUUGUGGAGCGCCCCGUCGGAAAUGAUACGAGAAUUAGCCGUGUUGUGGAGCUUGAUACCCAAUCGAACCAGCUGCAAAAGCGGGCAUUUGCUAUUGGUUGUACUGGGCAUGCUGGGUCACCCCCUUUGAUCGACGACUGUAACACUCUGAAUACCCAAGUCAAGAAUUACCAAUCAACACUUCUCGUACAGCCGGGCUACUGCCACGAAGCGACAUAUGGCACCUGCUUAACCUACGUCUGUGCCAAAUGUCGACAGGUAGCCGUGGAUACGAAUACAUGGUAUGAUCUUAACCAGGCGGUUAUCAGCCACUGCGUUGACAAUGGUGAGGCUGGGUACGGGUAUGACAAUACGGAUAAUGAGUACGAAAUUGGUAUCGAGCAUUCGGGCGAUGAGCUCCCUUCAUAUAUUUGCUGA